AUUGCUGCCAUACUAAGUGUAGUACAAAUGCUCUAUAAAACAGUCUAUAGGUAGGAGAGCUUCAUAUUCCACAAGAUUAUCAGCCAUGAAGACAUUCGCUCUGUUUCUCCUGUGCACUGUCUUUGCUCUUUCCUCGGCCAAGCCGCCGCAGGACUACAUUAGCUUUUUUAUUAAAGAAAUAGAAAAACAAAUGAGUCUGAAGAAAUUAUCCAUGGCUACUGUGCAAGAGAAAUCUGGUGAAGAAAUCUGCCAGUCUGCCAGGUACAGCCAUAAGGGUGUCACAACAUACGUCCAUGUUUGUGAGAGUGGAAUGGAUUCUCAAGGAAUGAAUGAGUACUGUUUCGUUAGUAAUGGACUUUGUUGCGUACCUCCUUCCGAGACUUUCCCUCCAAGUCCUGUGGAAGCGUACACACUCAAACUCAGUGACCAGGUCUCAACAAGCGUUAAUUUCUACUCAUCUGGUGGAUCGAGAGGAGUGUGUUAUGAUAUUGAAAACGAGGCCAUUGAAGGUUGCAGUGGGUGCAGACAAGCAGAUUGUGUUGAAUCAAGAUGCACUCAGAAUACUCUGACUGGGAGUAUGGAUAGUUGUAAUAACGAUGGCUGUGUUUGCAAAGAGGGCUUUGCCCCUCCCGACUGCUGCAACUGUGAUCUGACGGGAGUUAGUGGACGACCUCAUUACUUGGACCCAGUCACAAAUAAGUGCACACCUUACUGUCGAAACAAUUGCCCACAGCCAACACUAAGCGGGUGUGAUAAGUGUACAGUUGGAUACAAGCCUAGAGACUGCUGCCAAUGUGAAGAUGGCUACUUUGACAAGCAGGGAAUAUGUACUAAACCCGUCUGUGAGAACAAUGUGGAACUUUGUACUGGUGGAGUGUGUACCUGCGAUGCGGGAUAUAUGCCUCAAGACUGCUGCAAUUGUGCUCCAGGAUAUUACAAGGAUAAAACAGAUAAUACCUGCAAACUACCAUGUGUGGACAAUGUGGACGAGUGUGUCAAUGGAGAGUGUUCGUGUAAACCUGGAUACUUGUCUCCCGACUGCUGCGAAUGUGAUAAAAACUAUUACAAGGAUCCUGUAGAUAAGAAGUGCAAACUGCCAGAGUGUCCGCAUAAUCUAAAAGCUCCGUGUGUUGAUGGAGCGUGCACCUGUAAAGAUGGCUAUUUACCUCAGGACUGCUGCAAGUGUGCUCCCGGAUAUUACAAAGAUGGUGAUGAAUGCAAAUUACCUUGCGAUACUGUUGAAACCUGUGUUGGUGGCGUGUGCACCUGUCAAAAGAAUUACGUACCACCUGAUUGCUGUGACUGUGAGAAGGACUUGUACAAGGGUCCUGACGGAAAAUGCCUUGCACCUUGUGUGAACAAUUUUGUGUCCUGUACCAGAGGGGUGUGCACGUGUAAAAGUGGAUUCAGUGGAGACGAUUGUUGCACGGAGAGUUGCACCCCUACCCAAGACGUCUACUUUUUGAUUGAUGCCACUUCCAGUUAUACUACUCAAAAUUUCGGUCAAACCCAAUACAGCACCCAAUUGAUGAUAUCAGCAUUGAAUCCGGGGAGUAGCGCUACUACAGGAACUCGUCUCGCUUUAGUAAUGUACCCUACUCUUAAGGGAAAGGAAACAACUGAGCAAUUAAGAAAUAAUCCCCGAACAUCUGUUGAUCUUUUGGACAUAGGUGUUAGUUGUACCGAAGCAGUCGGAAAAUUCAACAACUUAAUUGAUGGUUUUUUGAACACCAAUAGAGCCACCCCAGUGAGUCCUUACCUAAGUUUAACGAAAAGUAGAUUGACGUAUCCUGCAACAGCAUUUGAAUUACUCAAUAAGAAAUUAGACAAGGCAAUUCGUGAUGGGGAAGAAAAAUCUGAUCGUCGACGAGUGGUUAUUGUGAUUACAGAUGGAGUUAACGAUGAAUAUACGGAUACUGCAGCCCAACAGAAAAAGAAUCCCAAACUAGAGGAGCAGAUUAAAAAACUCGGAGAAAUAACUAAAAAUACCAACGUCAUAGCUGCAGGCAAUGAUGGAGGUUUUGGAAGCGAUAUUGAUGGGAAAGCACAAUUCAUGAAGGAUUUGAAAUUGAUUGCUGGAGAAAAUGUUGUCGUUGACAGCGAUGCCUUAAAAUUAGCCCAAAAACUCGUACAGAAAAUGAUUGAUCUCAACACAAUUUGUAAAGCAGAUGGUGAGGAAAUAUUGAAACGUCUUCAAGACUCUAACGAAGUCCAAUCAUUCUACUAUUGCAUGCUUACUCGUGAUCCUAAAAGCACCGCCACAAGGGUAUGUCAACGAUACUGCAAGGGCAAAACACCUGAACAGUGCCGGGCCCCCCCUCAGUGCCCUGGAGGACCAGCUGGGGAAAAAAAUCCAUGGUACGUUGGUUCCAAAAACUACAAUCACUACGGGGAUCCAGCAAUCAGCCAGGAAAAAAUGAGCACCAAGAGUGAGCUUCAGAAGGAGAUGCUCGCUGUUGUUGAGGAGUUACUGCUCGAGAGAAUUAUGAGCAAGGGCACGAACUAAAUGACCCAUUAAAGUUAAAGUAGUGACAAAUUCAUUAGCUAGGUUAUUUUCAAUUGAACUUUAGGCCUAUUAUAGUUUUUGGUAGGCAUACGUAGCUUUGGAUUUAAGAGGUGAUCAAUGAUACCAUUAUUAAUUUUUGAUAUUGAUUUAAUGUAAAUGUUUUUUCAUUGUCAAUUCCUGGAUUAAAUGAUAUUAAUUUUCGUCCAA